AGGAGUGAAAUAAAUGUGUUCUCAACAUUUAAUCGACUGUCGUCAGGAUCAGGAAUCUUUCAAACUCGCAAUAUUGCUGAUAUUCCUCACAGUGUCACAGUUCAACUCCCCCAAUUCACUCUCCCACACCCGAAACAAAGACAGAAGAAAAAAAGAAAGCAGAAAGCCAAGAAGAACCAAGUUCCCUUGGGAAGUUCCUCUGCCUUUCUUUCCCCCCUCCCUUUUCACCAUCGAAUGUUAGAUUCUCUGCCACCGCCACCACUAGCUCAGGCAGAAAAAAGAAGCAGCCAACCCACAUUUCAAUUUAUUCCUUUCAAUCCUCCAACCACAUAAAAAAAAAAAUGAAACGAAUCGACAUCUUCUGCGCCUCCCAAGCCUCCACCGCCAUUUGCAUGAGCAUGGACCAACCCUCCUCUUCUUCCUCCUCCGCCCAGCUCGGCGGCCGGGCCAUCGACCGCCACAAUCCGAUCAUCAGAGAUCUCAGAAGAGCCCCUCGAGUCCUUCCCAACCCGCCGUGUACAGCUUCCCAUCCGCCUCCCAUCUCCCCACGGCCUUACAAUUUACUCGACAAGACCAAAAAGCUCAAGAAGACCAAAACCAAGAAUUCUUCUUCUACCGCAGCUUCAAAUCAUCAGCAGAAGCAGAGUGAUGAUCUUCACAUCGCACAAAAGGGCAAGAAAACCUCUUUUUCUUCUUUUGUUGCUCCUUCCUCCUCCUCCACUAGUCUCUCGGUAGCCAGAAAUGUGGUUUCCAAGAGCUGGCCUGUGGAUUUGGUGACCCCGCCCGGUUCUUCAAGAUAUCUGUUGAGCGACUCUGUUUUCUUCGAUGGGUUCUCCGAUUUCGACCCGGUUCCCGAACCCGAAACUUCCGAGCCCGAGAAAAAGGUGCCAGCUUUGGAACCAGAGCGGGGAGGCGAUGACAACCCAGUUCAUGUUUCGCCCCCUAAACCUCCUCCGCCUAUGGAAAAGCCAUCAAACCAGGUGGUUGUGCUGAGAGUGUCGCUUCACUGCAAAGGGUGUGCUGGGAAAGUGAGGAAACAUAUCUCCAAAAUGGAAGGGGUGGCAUCGUUCAACAUAGAUUUUGCAGCGAAGAAAGUGACGAUUGUGGGAGAUGUAACUCCAUCGUCUGUCCUGGAAAGCGUCUCCAAGGUCAAGAACGCCCAAUUCUGGACGGCUCCAACUCUAGCUUCCCCUGCCAACGUGGAGCUGCUGAAGAAAUAAUGAUAGUAAGAAGUAAGAACAAGAUUUGAUUUGGAGAAUCAAUGAUGUUGCUGUUUCUGAUUACUGUGAAUUAACGAAUAGAGAACUCUUUUUUCCCCUUUUUUUCCUCCUCUCCCUUGUUAGCGUUUUUGUGUUGUUGUGGCAUUUUGUACUAGUAUAAUCUGGGCUGAGAACUGACAACUGAGAGACAUGUUGGUUCUGUAUGGUAAAAAGACAAAAUCCAAUGUCAUUGUUGUUAUAAUAAUGCGACUCGGAACUGAAGGAAGACAUAUUACCGAACUGAGCGCUGCCAAUUUCCACGUUCUAUGAUAGAGAUUAGAAAUGAGACUCUGCUUACUGGCGGGCCUUAAGAAAUCUGCCUUAUGUAUACAAAGGGAAGACUGCAAUCUGCAGCUCUCGCGUGAAACUUACUGUACCAACUAACGAACGGUCGCUAUUAAACGAACCUAUCGCUGAAUGACACGUAAGCGUAGUAGCAGACUGGGUUUAAUCUUGUUAAUCUGAUUGACUUCAUUGCUUGGUUGAUUAGGACUGGGUUAAAGGAAGGCCGGUCCAACCUCUUGUUUGCUAGCUUCAUCUUCUUCACUUGUUCACAGCAACUUGCAGAGUGCUCUUCUCUCUUCAUCUUGAUCAAAACUCUAUUGCAGGUAGUUUUGCUUCACAUGCCUACUUAAACCGGCGAGUAUUAUAUUAUGUACUCCUAGCUUGGCUAACAAGAGCUCAAAACAAUCAACUAACAACCCUUUAGUUUAGUAAAUAAGUCCGAGAAAUCGACAUGUAUAAAAGCAAAU